GGGGCGGCUGCGGGAGGCAGUUCGCCCCGAAAUUGGUGUUGGGCAGGGGUUGUCGUGCAGCCGCGAGAGGCAGGGCUGGAGUUUGUGGCGUUUUGGAUUGCGCUCGGGUGCUUAAAAAAAAUCGCGUCUCCGACGUGCCGAGGCCACACGGCAUGUGCUGGAAGCUGGCCCCUCGCCGCCGGCUGCGUGGGCCUUGUGCGUGGGGUGUCCUGGAGGAAACGAGUCUGCAGGUAGCAUUGGUACUUCCUUUCAAUGCCAGUCAAUCCAUCAAGAUCACAUUUGCAGCGAUGACAGUGAUAAGAGCGAAGACAGUCCUAGUCCCAAGCGACAACGCCUUUCCCAUUCAGUCUUUGACUAUACAGCAGCAUCACCAGCCUCAUCACCGCCAAUGCGACCAUGGGAGAUGACAUCAAAUAGGCAGCCUCCUUUGGCUCGGCCCAACCAACACCACUUCUCAGGGGAACGAUGCAACACACCUGCACGAAACAGAAGGAGUCCUCCUGUUCGACGUCAGAGAACAAGGAGAGAUCGCCUGUCUCGACAUAAUUCCAUUAGCCAAGAUGAAAACUAUCACCAUCUCUCUUAUGGACAACAGCAAGCAAUAGAAGAGCCCCGAGCCUUUCACCCACCGAAUGUAUCUCCUCGUAUGUUGCACCCAGCUGCUCACCCACCACAGCAAAAUGCAGUGAUGGUUGACAUUCAUGAUCAGAUCCAUCAGGGCACAGUUCCUGUCUCAUACACAGUGACAACAGUGGCUCCACACGGGAUACCACUUUGCACAGGCCAGCACAUCCCAGCCUGCAGCGCACAGCAGGUUCCAGGGUGCUCGGUGGUUUUCAGUGGACAGCACCUUCCAGUUUGCAGUGUACCUCCCCCUAUGCUUCAGGCAUGUUCGGUCCAGCACCUACCAGUACCGUACGCAGCAUUUCCACCCCUCAUUUCUAGUGACCCAUUCCUUUUGCAUCCUCCUCAUCUCUCUCCACACCACCCUCCUCACUUGCCUCCUCCAGGACAAUUUGUUCCUUUCCAAGCACAGCAGUCACGGUCGCCACUUCAAAGGAUAGAAAAUGAAGUAGAACUGCUUGGUGAACAUCUUCCUGUAGGAGGUUUUACGUAUUCUCCCUCAGCCCAUCCACCAACAUUGCCUCCCUCAGCUCCUCUCCAAUUCUUAACCCAUGAUCCUUUACACCAGGAGGUGUCAUUUGGUGUUCCGUACCCACCGUUUAUGCCUCGAAGACUCACAGGGCGCAGCAGAUACCGCUCGCAGCAGGCAAUACCACCACACCCAUACCAUCCUAGCCUACUACCUUAUGUGCUAUCAAUGCUUCCAGUGCCACCUGCAGUUGGACCGGCUUUCAGCUUUGAGUUGGAUGUGGAAGAUGGAGAGGUAGAAAACUACGAGGCGCUGCUGAAUCUGGCAGAACGUCUGGGAGAGGCCAAACCACGAGGACUGACAAAGGCAGACAUUGAACAGCUCCCAUCCUACAGGUUCAAUCCAAACAACCAUCAGUCAGAACAGACAUUGUGUGUGGUGUGCAUGUGUGAUUUUGAGUCAAGGCAGCUACUUAGAGUCUUACCCUGUAACCACGAGUUCCAUGCCAAGUGUGUCGAUAAAUGGCUAAAGGCAAAUCGUACCUGCCCAAUUUGUCGAGCUGAUGCUUCAGAAGUGCAUCGUGAUUCAGAAUGACCAAUCUAAGAGCACAAAUCUGGUUUGGAUGUUCCUGGUCACGUGUAUAUAUGAACUAUCUAUUGAACUUACCCAUGUGGCUUCCAGCCUUUCCCUUUCCACAAAAGGGUCAAUGGACCUUACUUUGCACUGUGUGACUUAAUCAAUUAAAAAGCUUAAAACUAGUCUUCACAGUUACGGGAUUGUUAUACUAACAGUGUGAUUGGAACUCCAAAGAUUUUUUUCUUUAGCUUAAUUUUGUGUGUGCACUAACAUUCCCUGGUUUUUGUGUGAUCAUUCCGAGUGUUGCUGCGAGAUUACUGUGGACGUGAUCUUUUAGCAUGUGCUUUUAUAUAAAAUAAAAAGAAAAAAAAGUGGUAGCUCCAAACAA